CGCCAAUACACCAAGGACCGGAAAGGAAACUCUAUAAUACACUUUUCGGUUCUAAUGAUUGUGUAUUUGAACAAGGAGGAAACCCUCGCUAAGUGGCUCGUUAAAAGAUGUCGGCUGCUAUAGGAUUUUCUUCCUGUCAAAUACUCAUAUUUAGUCUUUUGUGGCUCAGUUGCUAUGGCGCCAUACAGGACAAGUUGAAAUAUCAUGAAGUUGUCAAUAUACAACACUCACAUGUUAGGAACAAAAGAAGUGUAGAUACGGGGAUUGAGUUUUUGACCAAAGAGUUUUCUUUUCAUGCCUUUAACAGAACAUUUACCUGUGUUUUGACUCCACGUCUGAACCUGUUCUCACCAACCUUUAAACUUGUUGUGUACGGGGCCAAUGGGGAACCUGAAGAACACAGUUUUAGAAGGGAUCAAAUUUAUAAUGGAAAGUGUGCAGGUGAUGACAGCUCAGAAAUAAGAGGAACUUUUAAAGAUGGAAUCUUCUCAGGGUCAGUCAAGUAUGAAGGUCAGCUGUAUGGCGUUGAGGACGCCAGCUACCACAUACAAGAUGAAACUUCCACUGGCCAGAUGCUUGUCUACAGAGCUUCAGACAUCAAGUGGCCAGAGACAAACAACAAAUCUGGACAUGGUCCUGGUUUUUGUGGGAACUUUCACCAAAAUGUAUCUUUUAGCAGUAGCAAGAAUGACGAUGUGAUUGCAUCAGCCUAUCAGGGGUCAAGGUUCAGAAGGUCAACGCCAACCUGGAACACCUGUAAGAUUAUCACAGUGGCAGACUACAAUUUUUUUCAAAAGACAGGUCGCGGUGACAUCAGGUACACAGCCACCUAUAUGGCUGGGACUAUAGACAGGGUUGAUGCCAUUUAUAGAAACACUGAGUUUACGGUUAACUCAGCUAUUCAGGGAUUAGGAUUUGAAAUUGCUCAGAUGGUUAUAUAUAAAAGUGCCACAACUGGUUUUAACAAGCUAACGACAAAGUGGGAACCAUUGGACCUACUAGAGUCCUUCAGUGAAAAUCUGGAAUACAAGAACUUCUGUGCUGCACAUUUGUUUACACAUCAGGCUUUUGAUGGAAAUAUUCUGGGACUGGCAUACAUAGCUCCACCUCGAGAAGGUGGCGUUGGGGGCAUUUGUUCUCCAGCUGCACGACUGAAAAACGUCAUGUCUAGUCUAAACACUGGCUGGAGCUCCAACCUAAACCAGAACCAUGACACUGUGCUUCUACAGCAGGCAGACCUGGUUACAGCCCACGGUCACAAUUGGGGUGCGGAGCAUGACCCUGAAACAGGAGACUGCUCACCCUCCACAGUCUUCAACAAGGGAAAGUACCUGAUGUACCCUUACUCUGUCAGUGGAUAUGACUCCAAUAAUUAUAUGUUUUCUCCAUGUAGCAAGGCUCUGAUCAGUGCUGUUCUAAAGAUUAAAGGCUCGACAUGUCUAAAAGAGAGAAGUGAGGACCAAAACCAGAUCUGUGGUAAUGGCCGUAUAGACGUGGGUGAAGAGUGUGACGCUGGGUUUCUCAGUAAAUUUAACCUGGACGACUGCUGUGAUAAAAACUGUAGGCUUGUGGCUGGAGCUGUAUGCAGCCCUUCAAACCAUGAGUGCUGCACAAGUUGCAAGGUUUCUCCUGCUGGCACCACAUGUAGAGCCAACACAGACAUUGAUUGUCUUGAGUCAGCCUUUUGUGAUGGAUAUAGCCUAACUUGUCCAGCUCAGCUAAACAAGUUAGAUGGCUCUAGUUGCCUGGACAAGGGUCAGUGCCAGAAUGGUCAGUGUGUUCCUUUCUGUACAGCAAGAAAUCUCACAGCCUGUGCCUGUGAGAAAAUGGCAGAGUCCUGCUUCAGGUGUUGCAGGGAAAAUGCCACGAUGCCUUGUAAACUCUACAGCACUGACUACCCGCUACCAGAUGGCCGACCCUGUGUUGGGGGAUACUGUCAAAAUAGUAAAUGUAUAUCAAGUUCUAAAUCAACCAUCCAGCGUUUGUUUCAAAUCCUGGAAAACCUUAGUAUUGACACUAUAGCUACAUUUUUCCGUAACAACAUGGUAGGCUGUGUGAUUGUAUUUUCCCUGUUGCUAUGGUUUCCUGCAAGUAUUGCAGUUUGGUGUCAUGACCGUAAAGAAAGAAAAAAAUCAGACAAAAAUUACGCAUUAGAAAUAUGUCCGAAACGCACUCGCACUUUACUGUUUGACCAAGAUGGCAGGAAGGUUGUGAAGCCAGUCCCUGCCCCCAGCACUGGGAACACAGCCCUUCGAUUCCGCGCCUUGAAUGCCAGUGCCCUCAACCAGAGCACCUCAGCUCUCUAAAAUCUGUGCACGCCAUUAAAACGGGUCGACACAAAAUUAUUAUAAAGCAGCACCAGUGGAUAAGAAUCAAUGAUGCAUGAUAGCCAAUGGACCAAUGCUUUUUUAACAUUCAUUACUGUUCAGAUUCUUUGUAAAACUCAUUGCACUUUAACAUUUACUAUGUUUAUAUUAAGAUUUUUAUUAUAAAGAACAGUAAGCUUUUAUUUUAAAUGAUUUUAUUCAAAGAAGAUUGUAAUCUCAUUACAUUUUUUAAAAUAUUUGAUAUCAAAGAACUUACAAAUGGUUAAAUAAGUAUAGUUUAAACAUUAAAUAAAUUAUAUCAAUAUUUGAAUUUAAAACAAAAUCAAAGUGGGAUACUUAUCUUUAAAAAAUUGUGACCACUCUCAACUUUAGUUGUUAACAAUACCUUACCUUUUAUAUAUCUUACAAUUUUGCUUUGAAACCACACAUCUUUAUUCCUUGCCACAUUUGGCAUUUACACCAAUUUUCUAGCCUCAUAUGUAGGUAAUUUACUUUUUUUUUUUUUACUUUUUACUUCCUUGUUGCCACUGGCAAUUCUUGCUCACCAUACACUUGUCUCUGCUUUAUCUGAUGUCAGGUUAGCUUUGUUUCCUGCAACCUUUGACCUCCAUUUCACAGAUUUACUGUGAAGGUUUCUGUGCAGAUCUUGUGCCUUACAUAAUAAAAUGCUAAAAAUUAUUUUAAAUUCACAUUUUUAUUUGAACCCUUUUGUAUGUAUUUUUAUAAAUUAUCAUGUUUUUAGCUAAAUUUUUUUCAUCAUACUCUAUUUCUGGUAUCUCUGUUAUUUUUAUACGAACAAAAUCCGUUGAUAAAAUUUUAUCGUAUCCUCCAUGUUUCGAUCCAGAGACCAUAUUUUACAGGUCAAGACAAUAUAUACACAGUUUUUAUUAUCAUCAGCUGUUACAUAGUGUACUAUUUAUAAAUUAAUUAUCUUUAAGUUUUCUACCUUUUGUAUGUUGGUUAAAACAUAUCAACUGUUUUAAAACAGUAUUAAUUGCAUAUAUUUUCUGUCAUUGAUUUAUUGUUUAUACUUGGAUUAAUUAUUUAAAUAUUGUUGUAAAUUAUUUGUAUGUGAUUUAUUUAUUAAAAACAAUAUAGUUAAAAUAUAUGUAAAUGUACUUAAAAAUGGAAAAAAAUGUGACUUAUAGAACCAGUUAAGAUAUUUUUACCAUCUCUUUAUCUAUUUGACUUAUUUAGUUAUGUGUUAAACUAAUGUAUGCUCUUUUGUAUGUUUACAAAGGAUAUUAAAAAAGGAAAGAUUUCUCUUAAGACCUAGCGAUCCACUGGGCAGAUAAAUUAGAGUUAAAAAUUUUCUUGGCAUAGGCAUAUAAAGUGAUUUUCUAUUCAGCAUUAUGCCCAGCUGCCUUUUUUUCCCACAACAUCAGAGCUGGGUGGACUCUGGGACAUUCUACAGUCACGAGUCCAAACCAAGAUCUGAACUUGAGGCAUAUGAGCAAGCAGCUAAACACUCGACCAUUCAACCAUGUCAUUUCAGAAAUGGAUUUAAAAAAAGGAUUGGGUAGAAUUGGGUUUACUAUUUGGUAUUCAUAGCACAUUUUCGCACACAGCUCUAUCUCAACAUAAAUUUAACCACAAAACUACUCAUUUCAUGAAAGUUUACAUAUCUGAUAGAAGUCAGUAUGACUGUAUUGCACUUAAUGAUUUCAACAUUCAUUGUCAUUUAUUUGCAAAACAGAAAAUCAACAAGUCCUUAAUAUUUGUCUAAUAAUUAAGCUGCAAAUAUUUUUGAAAGAUUGUAUAUUAUUAUUUUGUCAAAAGCAUUGUUGUAUAAAUUACUUCUGGCUUACUGUGAUGCUCUUCUGCUGUGAAAGUUAUAUUUAUCCUAUUGUCCUGUAUCUGCUGCAACCAUCUGUGAUACACAUCAACUAACUUAUCUCUAGCAGUCAAAAAUCUACCUUAGCCAUUCACUUAAGUAGUUAACAUUUUGUUCCUACUUAAUUUUUACAGGAUCAGUUUGCACUAUUUCAGAUGUUAAAUGUUCCGUCCUAUUUAAAAUAUCUUGCAUAAUAAACUAUUCAAAUGCUGUCUUAUUUUAAGAUAAGUAAAACUAAAUAUUUUUCUAUUCAAGCUAUUUUUCUUAUUCCAUAAUCUGUAUGUGAAAAAUGCACUGAACAAUUUUAUUUAGAAAUGUUGCGCACUUGUUUCAUUAAAUAAUAAAGUGAAUUUUUUUUUU